GAACAAUUGAGCAAAAAGAAAGGAGUCGCCAAGGACACCGCUAAAGAGCCAGAAGCAGAAUCAUCUCACAAAUACCUCAGCCCAGAAGAAGCAGCGCUCCUUUCGUUACCUGCGCAUCUCAGCCAAACAUCCACGCAAAGAUCCGAAGAAAUGUUGUCCAAUCAGAUGCUGAGUGGCAUUCCGGAAGUGGAUCUCGUAGAAGCCAAAAUCAAGAACAUAGAAGCUACAGAAGAUGCCAAGAUCAAAUUUCUUCAGGAACAACAAAGAAAGAAAGACCUGCCGUCUCAUUUUGUGCCCUCUAAUAUGGCGGUUAAUUUCAUGCAGCAUAAUCGGUUCAAGAUUGAUCAGCCAGUGCAGCAAAAGCGCCGUUACGCCGAAGUACAGCAACAUCGGUCCGGGGAUGAGAAAAUUCCGAAGAAGGCAACCGAUGACUAUCAUUUCGAUAAGUUUAAGAAACAAUACAGGCGCCAUUGAAUACUAA